AUGACCAACAAUUUAAUUCGCCGUAUUCAUGCGACAAACAAUGUCAAGCUGUAUAUCAAAGACCACAACAAGGUUGUGAAGAACACAUCACCUGACGUGUUUAUAAUACACGUUAAAGACUUUGUCGCUUUAAGAGUUGUACUUAGUGAAUUAGACCUCGAUUGGAACCGAAGACCAGAAUCCUUGCAUAUCAUUAUUUUAGCAGAAACAACCAAAAAGGACCGUUUAGCGAUAUUCCGAAUAUUGUGGGAAUACCAUAUAAUAAAAGCCCUCAUUAUUACUGGUGACGGGGAUGAUACAGCAUCAAUAUACACCUAUUUUCCUUACGCAGAGGGACUGUGUGGUUUGGGUUACAACAACAUUAUUAAGGUAUGCGAAUGUGAAGAUACUAAUGUACGGGACAUCAUUCUAAUUAUUGACGAUCUGCAUAAACCUGUCUUAAGGAAUUGCACCCUACAAGUUGCUACUCACAACUACCCUCCAUUGGUUUUAGAGGACCCGAACCCUGAAAAUACAUUUGCUAUAGGUAUUGAACGAUAUUUGGUAGAAAUGUUUUUUGCGCAAGAGAACAUAACCUUAAAUUAUAAAUUUUUCCCUGAAACGGAUGAAUUCGGAAACGUUUCUGAUAACUUCACAGUAACUGGAGUUCUCAGCAAGUUGUAUGAAAAUGAAGUUGACAUCGUUUUCGGGGGUUUUGCGCUAAAUAAUAGACGAUCAGCAUUUUUCAGUUACAUUUACUCGCACUUGACAGUUGAAGACAGUUUUGUGGCCAUAUCUCCAAGUGCUGAUUUAUUAGAAAGGUGGAAAAUUGUUUAUAUUGUAUUUAGUACAUUAGGUUGGUCAAUAAUACUGUUACUAUACUUCAUUUGUGCUAUAAUUUUAUCAUUUUAUAUUAAUUCGAGUGGGAGCCGAAAACACAAUUAUUAUUGUUCAGUAUUAUUCAAACUUAUUGGAAACGCUACGCAUAAUACUGCUUUGGUUCUAACAGACAAUAUUUAUCAAAACGUGCUUAUAAUACAUUGGAUGUGGUAUAUGUUUUUACUAAGCACUUUCUAUCAAACGCAAUUAACGACUUACACAACAUAUAGAUUGUAUAAGCCUCAAGUAAAUGAAUACAUGAAUUUACGCAACUAUAAUUUAAGCCCUUGUUUAGCUACUGAUAUAGGGCCAUUUUUGAAAAACUCGGGUGAUAUCCCUAUAAUAAAUGAAAAAUAUUUAGAACAUCAAGGUUGCGAGACUGGUGACCUAGCUCUGGACCAAGUAGCAAAAACACAGACCAAGUAUACAGUAACAAAUUACUUAAGAUAUCAGUGGUGGAUUACCCAGCAUCCACAAGGAAUACGGAAAAUUCAUCUCAUGAAAAACAACUUUUAUAAUGUGCUCUAUGGCAUAUUUUUCAAACGUGGAUUUCCGCUUUUGGAAACGUUCGAAACACAUGUAUGGCGUUUAGCUGAAUAUGGUUUUAUUGAAGCAAUUAAAAGUUUUCACCAUCUACGUAAAUAUUCAAGGACAUCGAUGGCUAUAAAUCAGUCUUUCGAGAUACGUGUCCUUAUAUUAGAAGAUCUAACUGUACCAUUUGCCAUUCUAAUUUCCGGUAUAAUCUUUUCAUGCUUCAUAUUUACUAUUGAGUUCUUGCACACACGCAGUAGAAAUUUGUAAAGUGGGUUU